AAAUAAAAGCAAGCGCCGCGCUUCGCAAAUUGGACCAGCGAAAAGUGAACCCGACAAGAUGGAACUACAAGCGUUCAUCUUAAGUUUGUUAUUGCUGACGAUUGUUUCAGAAACCCAAUCGAGAUCUCUGGACAAUUCGUUUCAGUGCGCAUCAGCAUGCCCAGAGCCGACUAAGUUCGAUUACUCGGUGGGCUACACCUACCAAUAUAACUACAACGCUGAUGUUACAAGUAGCUUCUAUGAGGAGGCUACUGAAGGACAAAAAUCCACAGUUCAUAUACAAGCAUCAUUACUAGUGGAUGUCCUUUCACCAUGUGAACUUGUCUUGAGGAUAUCAAGAGCAAGUAUUGAUGCACCAGGAACAAGUGAAUGGGAGACCAGUUUACAACGAAACCCACUUCAUUUUAACUUCCAAGACGGCAGGAUCCCGGAAAUCUGUUCUUCAAAUGACGACCCAACAUGGGUGCUCAAUAUCAAACGUGGUAUGCUCUCAGCAUUCCAGGUUUCUUCUGUUGUGGAAGAACCCUCUGUCCGAGAGGUUGAUGUCAGCGGAGACUGCCAGUCAUCUUAUGAAGUUGUAUCUGAGUCGAACAAUGUGAUCAUCACAAAACAGAAAGAUUACAACACCUGUGCAGGGCGUGACCAACAUCUAUUGUUCUCCCACUUCACCCCAUACCCAAGCGAUUCACCUCGUCAGAACUUCAUCUACAGUGAGCAGAGUUGCAGGCAGCAGCUUACAAACAGUGUUAUGCAAUCUACUACAUGCACGGAACAACAUACAUUCCGACCUUUUAGUACAGCAGAAAGUGGAGCACGUACAUCAAUCACACAACGCCUGCAAUUUGCUUCAAAAUCGAGAACAUAUGGAGCUGAGCGACUUGGAAGCAAUGUGGCAAGACGUACCACACUUGCAUUUGAAGGUGAAGAAAUGGCAGCGAUUACGUCGUCUGAUAUUUCUGAACUGCAGGGUCUGUUUUCCACAGUAUGUGAAACCAUGUCAACUGAGAACUACAAGAAGGUUGGUGAAGAAUUCAUCAGAAUGGUUUUCUUGCUCCGAAGAUUGGAUGUUCCUGCUCUGCAACAAGCUUUGAACUCCUUGGAUGGUGCAUGCACAGUAUGGGAGUCUGCUCUCAAGGAAAUGUUCCGUGAUGGACUCCAAUGGUGCGGUAGUGAAGCAUGCGUGGUAUUUGAAACCAGAAUGAUCGCAGCAGGCCGUGAAGAGGUUGAUGAUGCAACUUCAGAUAGAUGGUUGACCGGCAUGAGCUUGAUUACCAAACCUACCCCACCCAUGUUGGAAGGAUUAAUAAAUGUUGCACGAAGCAAUAGAUUGAUGCAGAAGGCGUACCUCACUGCAGGUACAAUGAUUCACAAGAUUUGCAAUUCAGCGACCACCAACUGCCUUACCAUGCCAAUUGUUUCCGAUGCCAUCGCUUUCUUUCAAGACAAGCUUGGUUACAACUGCCGAACAACUAACCUUGAAUCCAAGCAAGAGAUUCUUCUUUCAUUGAGAUCACUCGGCAAUGCCGGACGAUUCACCGCGAUUCGCACAAUCUCCUUGUGUGCAUCGGAAGAAGGAAAUGAUAUGGAAACCAGAGUAUCAGCUGUUGAAGCUUUCAGAAGACUACCAUGCAAUUCUGAUCGAUCUGAGAUUUCCAGCAUCAUCUUUAACACCGAGGUUGAUGCUGAGCUCCGUAUCUCAUCUUACCUUGCGUUGAUGCAAUGCCCAACACCUGCAUUCAUCGCUCAGAUCAGUGCUAUGCUUGAUACAGAACCAGUCAGACAAGUUGCAAGUUUUGUAUGGACACAUCUGAACCAACUGAUGGAAUCAACUGAUCCAUUGAAGGGAUAUCUCAAACCUCUGCUUACUGAGACAGUUUUCUUAAAGAAACAUGAUCUUGACCCAAGAAAAUACUCUAGAUUCUAUGAGAACUCUCUCUUUUCUGAACAACUGAACGCUGGAGCUACUUUGGAAAGCAGCCUUGUGUGGUCGCCUAAAUCUUUCAUGCCAAGAAGUGCAAACCUUAACUUUACAGUUGAUGUUUUCGGACAAGCCGUCAAUCUCUUUGAGGUUGGUGGUCGUGUUGAAGGCGUGGAGACACUUCUGCAGUCAUUCAUGGGACCUAAAGGUUUCUUGAAAAACAGUCCGUUGAGUGAUCUCUUCAUGGCACCAGAUGAAGAUGCGGAGGAAGAAGAAGAGCCAGAGGUUGAAGAGGAGAGGAUCUCUAGAUCGACGGAUGAUACAAGACUCGUUGAACUUCAGACACAAUACAAAACUGGACUUAACACUGAGAAUAAGCCAAAUGCAAACUGGUACAUGCGGGUGUUUGGAAAUGAAAUGUUUUACGGAAACAGCAGAGAAAUGGCAAUUCCAACUGCAGAAAGUGGAUCCAUCAAUAUUCUGCCAAUCAUGCAGCAACUAGCUGAGGGUGGACACUAUCAAUACCAUGAUGACACAAUGAUUGUGAACAGCGCUCACGUGCUGCCCACUGGAGUUGGUCUGCCACUCACUAUUGCAUUUAAUGGAUCAGCCAGCAUUGAUGUAAAUGCGGACGGUCGUCUUGACAUGACCGGUUUGUUUUCAACACCACCACAACUUACAGUUAAUGGACAAGUUCUGCCAAGAGCUGUAAUCUACAUGACGGGCUCAAUGACUGUGGAUGCACACGUACACCGCACCGGAAUUGCUACUGAGUCUUCAGCUAUGACAUCCUGGACUCUGGGUGGGCAGGUAUCUUUGGAACAAGGACAGAGACUCUCCAUGAGACUUGAUGCUCCAUUCAGAGAAAAUACUGUGUUCAAAUUCAAUCACAAGCUUAUGACCAUUGCUGGUGAGGAAGUGACAGACAUGCAAUCUGACAACCUUGCUUUGACCCAAGAUGUCUGCAGCCAAGACUAUGCUGGACACAGGCUUUGUUACGACAACCACUUGACACCACAGACUGGUAGUCUCAUUUUCCCUGUUCAAGGACAAGUUGGAAUAACAGCCUACCUGGAAAAAACAGAUUCUGGGAUAGAUCAUUACCUUCUGUCCGGAACAUACCAGCCAACAUACACUGAUAGCAUGUUCCCAGAUACCCUCACAGCUAGUUUAGUGUUGGAUACCCCCAACUCAAAUGUGAACAGGCGUAUGUCUCUGGAUAUCGCUUACAACAAAGCUGAGAUGACUGCUUCAGUGAGUUAUGUUCGCCCUGGAACUGAGGCCAGUUUAGUAGGUUCAGUUGAGAACACACAACAUGGUGUAAUGGCUGUUAUGACCUACAACAGGAAUGGAGAAGAAACAGAACUCAGGACUGUUGUGGAAAAUGGGAGAAGUGGUACUGAGCGCCAGAUAUCAGCUUUGUCUACUCUGCAAACUCCAACCAAGAGGAUCACAGGCAGCGCUCAAAUGAUUUUAGACCCACAGCGCCGUAUGGUGGUGAACAUGUCCAUUCUUAAUGUAGCAACUACACCAAUCUCACUGCACUUAAACUUGCAAGACAACACUGAAGAACAAAGUCGUCGUCUCCGUUACUCCGGAUCAGUUAAUGUUGCUCUACCUGGGAUAAUUGACAGCGGUCUUCAAUUCAACAUGAACAUCAAACCUAAAUCUGACAUCUUCAUCUUUGCUCUUGAUUAUACCUUCACUGGAUCUGAAGAACAAAGGCUUUACUUCCACCACAAGCGACGCGACCAAUCCACCUCUUCUCUCACAUCAUGGAGCGCAGAACAAAAGUUUACCUUCACCCAAUACCCAAUGAUGAACCACCACGUUGAACUAUCAUACAGCAAUGGGCCAGGCUCUCUCUCCUCUGAAGUCAAGGUUGGCUAUGGAAGGCAUGCAGGACGUGAUGGAAACACCAGAUACUUGCUUGUCAGCCAGGAAUUUUCGUACCAGAUAGGUGCAGGAACCAGGCAAAUAAAUGGAAGAGCUCAGCUAUCUGUCCCAAUCUCAAAUAUGAACUAUGUAGCAGAUCUUAGCCACUCUCAAAGUCCAACCUCUAUAUCAACGGAAGCAAACAUGGGCGAAUAUGGACUUGUGUUCUCAUUUAACGACCGAUCUGCUGAUACUGGACUUCUUAACUAUGAUGUUGAACUCAGCAUCCCAACACCUUGGGGAAGAAUUCACGGAUCGGACAGGAUUGUUGAAACUUCUGCCAACAUUUACCGAAUCAAUAGCGAUUUCGGAAUUGGUGAAACGCAGGAUCUGACAUUGUCUGGCGAAACCACCAUUGUUAAUCUUCCGGAAACAAAGAGCAUCACCAUGCGUGUUCUUGGGAGCAAUAAUGAAGAGCUUCUCAGAGCAUCAUCUGUCAACCAAUUCCUUGCACCUUUUGGCUUCAGCACUGAGAACAGCUUAGAGUCAAGAUACAACAACCGCCUAAUGUUCAAUCUGCGACAUGAAGGUGCCAAAGAAGGUGGAUUCGAAUCAAAUCUCAUGUUCAAACACAACCCUGACAAAUACUUGGACAUCUUGGUGGAUUCAGAGAACCUGGAAACAGCAAAGAGACUUGUACGUGUCAGCUUCAAAGACCAUGUUGGUGUGUCAAGAUUUGUUCAGCUUCAGGCCACCAAAUCGAGUAUUGAAGACACAGUCAGUGCCAAUGUUUCUUUCACCAACAAUAUCCCAGCAUUGUAUGUACAGAACCUUGCAGCCAGAGUUGAGUUUACAGGCGCAUCUGGUCAACAGGCACUGCACUCUUCAGUUACUUUGAAUGAUGUAGAAAAGAUUGGAGUUGAUGCUACAAGAACUUACACCAUCCAGAGAGACAACUCAGCUCUUACAAAUGUGAGAGUAGCAAUUCGACAAAGACUGUGCCAAACAUCACCUGCAAGCAUCGAGCUUAACACUGAUGUUACCAACACAAUAUCCGCUGGCCACACUGUUGCUGCUCAGCUCACCCAGGAUGGCCAACAGAAGCUCAGCACCACAUUCACAAUUGCUGAUGAUCAAAGAAGCUUCCAAGGUAAUGUGCGCCAGACAUACAGCAGAAACCUCCCAACUGAAUCCUCUUUUGAUGUUACCAUUCUGAGCAAUGGUGUCAAUGUUGAUCUUACAUCUGAUCGAAGCACUGGCAGAAUCAACUUAGUGAAGAAUUCGGGUCCCAGUGUUACCCUAACCAUGACACAUAACAACAGAAUGAUGGUUGAACAAGGUGUACCGAGAAACUUACUGGCAACACUGACUUGGGGAUCACUGAGAGGUGAUGAGAUCGGAGUGAGAUUAAAUGGAAAUGUAAACAGAGAAGAUUUCAACAUGAAAGUUGCUUAUUCUACAACAACAGCCCAACCAUUCUAUGUAACAGUGGUGGCAUCACAUGAAGUACGAUCCCUUCGUGCAGCCUUGCCCCAAAUAAGGUUUGUGAUUCGUACCUAUGGCACAACUACAAAUGGUGGAUUUGAAACUUAUCUGAAUGUUGAUGAUCUGCAAAUGAUGUCGGUCAGUCUUUCCCGUGAAAACACUGUUUUCCAACUCCAAGCACUCCAUCAAUGCCCAAUUGCUAUCUCUUUGGGACUUCCUCAAACAAUCAAAGCAACUGUAAACAAGACCGUAGCAUCUGGUAACAACUAUAUGACAACAUCUUUGAAGGUGGAUGAAACAUACACAGAAGGUUCUUUGACACUUGCAACUGACUCCAUAGGUGUUCAUUAUUUCUCCAACUGCUCUUGCAUUCCUGGAAAGUUUGAUGUGCAGUUCACCUACCCACAAGGUCAAGUGACAGGCAACGUGCUUAUCAGAAUUGGAAACAGCAAGCAAGCGUCAAUAAGUGCUGGAUACACAGGACCAACCCAGUUUAACCUUGAGUGGAACCAAAAUCUUUACGUGGACGAAGAAAUGCCCCACCUUCCAACGAGUGGUCUACUCCGUUACCAGUUUUCAACAAGGGAAUCAGAAAUUCUUGGAGAAUACAACGACUACAGAGUUAGAUUGACUUCCACAGCAAGUGAUGUUACCUCUCCAGACAUGAUGGUGUUUGAUUGGACUCUUGAGCAAAACAUUCUCACAAGUUUCGCGGUCAUGACAAACCACUAUGAGGUUACCAUGACACCAACAUCAUUCAGUGACAACCUUAGAUAUUCAUUUGAUAACGGAGCACGACGCUUCAUGAGAACAACUUUUAGUUUCGGUGAGUUGGAAGAUGAUUCCAAUGGUCUUCAAAUCAAUGCAGCAAUCUCCCAUAACUCGCCAACUAUGACGGGCUACGGAAUUCCUGAAGACAUUAAGGUUGUAUUGUCUGGUACUCCAAUUGGACUUGGUUUCAAGGGAUCACUAGUUGCAACAGUUGACCGAAAUAUGAGGAAGAUGCAACUAAUGACAGGAGUGGAUGCAGAAACAAAUACCCUGCGAUUCAGCUUUGCUCAUGAUCUUACAUCACUCAGUAACUUGGGAGUGUUUAACAACUUCACUGCCCAUAUUCAUUGCACACCAACUGCAACUGACAACAGGUAUGGAAUUUCCACGGGAGGUUUCGUCCAAAUCAAUGAGGAACAAUACUCUGCAAGUGCAACAGGUUCAGUUCAGAAUGACAUGGAAAACAGCCGACUACGAUUGAUAGUUGACCUUUCACAGGACAUAAAUAUCUUGUACCAUUACAACGUACCCAAGCGAGUCCAAACCAACACUAUGGUUGAUUAUGGCGUAUCAGGUUGGUCUGGACUCUCUUCCAUUACUUCCACAAUCACCCGCACAAUGUACGACCCAGAAACAGAAGAAACUCGAGAUAUUGUUAACACCAUCAAUGGUCGUGUCAACAUUGAGCUCUUCAACUACAACCUCGCUGUAUCUGGAAGCCACGACUUUAAUGUGUCUUUCAUGCCAAACAACAUCAGAUACGAGAUCUCUGCAUCUGGCUCCACAUCCUCCCAGCCAACAGGUAUUCUCUACAAAUCCCUCAUGAUGGCAGUUACUAUUGAUGGCAGAAAGCAGAUGGCAACACUCACUGUAAACCGCAACCGAAAUGAAAGAUCAUUCUACCUCUCAUCCUCCCAUAAUGUAACACAGGUCUACCAAUACGGUGUGCCAGGCAACAUGUCUAUUAGCAUUCGAAUGCUUGAUGCUUAUAAUGCUGAUGUCAGCAUUGUCUAUGACACAGCAAAGAAAAGUGUUGGUUUCAGAUUUGACUAUGAUGGCCACAGAAACAAGCUUGUGUUCUACGUAAACCACAACUUUGAUAUGUUGGUGCAGAUGUUUUACAUUCCAAAGAACUUUGGCUUUGAAACCUCUUUCACAAAAUCAGAAAGAAGAGCAGAAGGUGACUUGAAAUAUGUGUGGGGACCAAUAAUCAAAUUUGCUCAUUUAACAACAACAUGGGAGCCAAACUGGAGAACUUCUCCUGCUUUCACUUACCGACUGGGACACAACAUCACUGCAGAGGAAUUGUGGUACUUCCCAAGAAAUUCACAAAUGCAAUUCCUAAGCAAUUACUAUGACAACGGAUUUAACAUUCGAGUGUCCGCACUCAGGAAAUCUGUCACUCUUGCCUACGAUACUAGCGCAAGUGCCGAUAUGCCAGUAGCAGCGAGAUUUACUGUCACUCAAACCUAUGACAUGGUAAACUACCCAAGAAUGACCACCCUUGAGGUUGAUUUGGAUCGCAGUGUACAGAACACAGAAAAACUUCACGUGAUUGUGUCCUUUGACAGAGAAGUGAAACUGGCAACAACAGUUACAGCAAAAUACAACAUGGAAACUCUCUCAGGCUCUGUGGCAAUCCAAAACCGACAAGAAUUUGUGGAAAGUGAUGUGUUCCCUACCAACAUUGAUUUAUUUGGAAACUGCAGUGUUAACUAUGAGUUUACAAGUUACUUUACAUUGGAAAGAGAUGACCUGCCCAGAUUCAUGAUCCAGGUGAAAUCCGGAAUUGACGUUGCUGAACAAUCUGGCUUUGUUGAACUGGCACACAGUCAAAGAUCAUGGAAGAGAUCAGGUUUACUAAAGAAUGUUCGGCUCGAUGUAAACUACAAUCCAGACGAGAAAUCUGUUGUGAUUGCUGUCAAGCAGGGCAGAAGCCGUAACACCAUUAAUGCAGCUGUAGACUAUAGGUUAAGCAGUGAACAUGUGUAUGGACACGCUGAGAUGUCACAUGAUUUCACCAGUACUCCAGUCCCAAGGAUCAUCCAGGCAACAGUAUUAUUGGAAAAAGGACGUGCAUCACUUGGUGCAAAUAUGAAUGUGACUUUUGAUACAACAGUGCUUACACACAGCAUUGAGGCAAGGUAUGAUGUCUCUGCCACUUCCUUUAUGACCCAAUUCGAAGCAAAUCAGGACAAUAUCUUCCUGACUGAUAUGUACAACGUGCCACAUACUGUUGCUACAAAUAUCAAUGCUAACUGGGGAACUGACAUGACCGGUGGAAUAUCUACCCAAUAUGGUGACAAAACAACUAAACUCCGUAUCACAACUAACAGGGAAACUGAUGCUGAAGUGAUUUUCAGACACAACUGGUCUUUCACACCAAACAACGUCCGUGUGAUCAUCACUCGCUCCCUUGAAGAUAACUCAGCCACAAUGUCAGUCAACAUCGAUGGAGUAGAAAGGCAAAUUGUACUCUCAGGUUCUUUGAACGAAGGUGUGGGCAAUGCUCAUUUCACGCACACAUUCGAAGGUACACAGAUCCCACAGAUGGUCAUACUCUCAGGUGCUUACCGAAAGGAGCCAGAUAUGCAUGUUGAAGUUAGCGCAAUGAUUGACGGAACGGAGCAUUCGUUCUCUGCUGGAUUUGAAAAACUAGAAGAUGGUUUCACCAUCUCUUCCACCCUGCUUGAUGAUGUUUCCAGACGUGCAACUUUCAGAAGAAAUAUCGUUCCUGGUGGAUUCUCCGUUGACUUGGAACACAACAUCCCUGAACUCCAGGCUUAUGUCCCAGGAUCAAUUGGAGCGACUGCAAGUGCUCGCAUGAACCCCAGACCUAACAUAACAGCAUCUUUCCGUCAGCAGUCCGUGUCUAACUCACUGACAGCAGAGGCAGACAUCACAGCACUCCGAUUUUCAUUCCAACACGAUUUUGAAAUUUUGCCUAUCCCACGAUCUGUCAACCUUGAAAUGUCUGGAACUGCUACCCCUGUUUCUGGAUCUCUCACACUCACCAUGGAUGGCCAUCAACGACAACUCACUGGCUCAGUUGACCCACAAAACAUGGUCGCCAGCAUGAUGAACAGCUUCCCUGAGCUCCCAUUGCCAGAAACCCUCAGUGUCCGGCUACAUGGCUCUGCUUCCCCACUCAGUGGAGGACUGUCAAUCACUGUCAAUGGAUUGGAAAGAACAGCAAGUGCAUCAUACGACACCAGUCGCAUGCGUGGUCAAUUCCAGCACAACGCUGAUGAACUGGACCAACUUUAUGUUCCCCGUGACAUCAUAGUCAGUGUCAGUGGCACUGCCCAACCAGUAUCUGGCGAAGUGUAUGUUUCCAUUGAUGGGCUUGAACGCAGAGUUGGUGCAACCUUUAAUAGACCAGGAGGUGUUUUGUCAUUGUUUCAGAGUGCUCCCGAGUUCUCUUACAUGCCAAGGAAUGUGACCCUCCAUGUUAGUGGCAGCAUGCAACCUAUGACUGGUCAAAUCUCGCUUACAAUUGAUGAAGUAGAAAGAAGUGUCAAUGCCGAAGUAAACACCCGCAGCUUAUUUUCAGUAACUCACUCUGUGCCAGAGGUUGAGCCAUACAUACCACGUCACUUGGCCAUCUCUACUGGUUUCACAUCCACGUCUGGACGUGUGACGGUUGAAUAUGAUGUUAACCGAGUAAGGAAAUCUGUAAACGUCGGUGCAACCUUAGAGGACAACCAUUUGCGUCUUCAAGCAACACAGAAUGUCAACACCGCUAGAAACGUGCCACAACACAUUGUGGUGCAGUUAGCUGGAAGCAUGGAGAACAAGAACUUCACAGUUCUCGUCAGUGUGGAUGACACAAACUUUGACACAACUGGAGAGAUUUACACCGGUGCUGCAGAAGGAUGGUAUGGUAUUUCUCUUAGAUCCCAGCAUAAUAUUCCAGCUAUCACUGAAACCCUUUCCCUGCCACCUACAAUGGAAACAACAUUUAAAGUUAGAAAAGACGCUCAAUCUUAUGAAAUGGCAAUCACUCUUGACUUGUUUCAAGGCCACGAGUAUACUUCAGUGACAACUUUAACACCAAUCAUAACGCGAUCAGAAAAGGCAAUCCGAGCAUCAUAUGAACAUCAUUAUUCUGCUAUGACACGCAGUGUCAGUGGAUCUGCUACUUUAUCUGAAGGUGACGGUCAUUACAAUAUUGAUGUCCAAGGCCAACAGACCCAGCCAGAAAGACGACAAAUGCAAACGCAAAUGACUGUUUCGCCGUUGGUGAACACACUUUCUGGAUCUCACAACAUCCCAGAAUUUACAGAGAUCGGUAUACCACAAGAGAUCAGAAAUGGCCGCACAUCACUUUCAUAUGAUCUUGAUUCCAGAACUGCCCGAGCUUCGGCUCAAGCAACUGUUGAUGGUGUUAUGCAUGGUUACUCUGCUGAUGUUUCCGCUGACAUUGAAGGAGAGCGAAACGAAGCCACUUUCACCGCCACUGCUAGAAAUGGUCCAGAUGAGAAACGUUACACCACCACAAUCAGCUACAAUGUAAUGACAGCAGGAAAUAUUCAAACUGGAGUGACAUGGUCUGUUCAAGACAUGCCAACUUUAAGAAUGCAGCGAGAUGAUGAAAUAUCAUUUGAUCUUCAACUUGAGUCUCCCAGCAAGUCCAUAACAAUGACUGUAAGACAACCUGAACUUAAUAACCUGGGGGUGCCACUCCAAACCCGAGCUGCUUAUAUCAACCGUGAGCCCAACGGAUCAGGUUUUAACAGAGCUCUUGAGAUACAUUUGGAUGAAAUGACAUGGCAAACAACAGCUGAAUACCACAAGUCAAGUUCCCCAUUCCACUUCGACCUUAAAUGGACAAUGAGCAACACAAUCGCAUUUUUCCCAUUCCCGCAUACCAUGAGCUUCCUUGUUGCAGCCAAUACACUUUACACUGGAGAUUCAUCAGAACUUGAUGCCAAAGUGGUGUCUUCAUGGAACAACCAAGUUUUGUCAUACAAUAUCACCCAAACCUUGGGAAAUACAAACGGCAGACUUGUUCAGCAUAUCACCAACAGUGUCCAGGCACUGCAGCAAUAUUUCGGAAACCUUAAAAUUGUUGAAAGUUACUCAUAUGCUAACAGAGAUAUAACCAUCAACCAGCUGAUUUAUAAGGGUUCACCACUUGUGGAAAUAGGAAACUACAACCUGGUCCUUACUGAAGAAGGAGAUAUUUCUGCCAGCUACACAUAUGAUGAUAUGGGUUACGAUUUCGACUUCAGAUUUUCAAAGGAAGAAGGCCAGAGUGGAUUGACCAUCACUCUUAACAAGGCUGAAACAAGUCUUGUACGAUUCACAUACGCCAUAACACCAAACACCUUCAGUGUAACAGCCAACAACCAUGCCUUUGGACCGGAGUUUGAAAUGGACUUUUCCACAGAUGCAAGUCACGGCGGUCAAGUUGAAAUUACUUUGACAUCCAUGCUUGUACUUGCUGGUGUCAGACACUCAGUGGAGGGCCAUGACCAGAUAACAUUUAGUGAUGAACAAGUUGGUUGGGUAACCAGUAUGGCAUACACUGGUGCUCAAAGUUCUUCUCUCAACAUCCAAUCUACAAUGACCGGACACCGAAACGAAAACCGGGGCUCAUUCACUUACAGCAUGACCAACAGGAAAGUGCUGAGUGUACUUCCAAAACGAAUCACUGUUAGCGUCACUUCAACACCAACAUCAAUUAACGGCAACUUGGCAUAUGGACAAAAGAGAUUCACAUUAGAUAUGGCAUCUGAUGCUGAAGAGGCCUCUGUCAAUGCACAUAUCACCCAAGAAAACUUCAAAACUCUUAGAAGAAUGGGCAUGCCAGGUGACAUUCAAUUCACAGGACAGUUGACACAAACCAGAAAGCAUAUCUCAACCACUAUGGAUAACAUCGAUGUUGUAGAGAUCAACUUGAGAGAGGGUGCACCAGUUGUAAGAGUCAACAAAAUGAAUGGAGAUCCUUUCCUAUCAAUUACUGGAAGAUACAGUCUAACUCCAGAUAAGAGUUUCAAUGCCGACAUUGUGUGUACUCCUUUAGGGUUGGACAUGACCAGCUCAUUUGAACUGUUGACUUUCCAACCAGUUACUGGUAACUCCAACUUUAACUUUGUGGUUCAUGACAACACUGAUAACAGCGAAUUCCGAGCUCAAGCACACUUGAAUCCAACUUCUUCGGAAGCUCUUGAUUUUGAGGGCCAGGCAAGCGUGACAUGUGAUUUUCCCCUCAUGCCAUUUACCAGCAGAGUUUCAAUCAGUUCAACAGCCAAUUCUAACACCAACGCAGUUACUCACUUAAUCAGCAUGAGCUUGGAUGACUCUGAAAUAACCAUAAGAGAUGAAUACACUCCUACCCAGCUGAGUGUCACUAUCACACAACCAUUCUCCCAAAUGCCACCACGUUUGACAUUUGUAGCAUCAGAAUCAGCUGAAGAAGAAUACACUGUCCGAACUCUGUCUGCUACAUGGGGCGAACAAACAUUGGAAGUGGAAUGUAAAGGCAAAUCAGUUUCUUUGAUUCAAGACCACACCCUCACCAUCACACAACCCUCUGCUCUGCUUGGCUUCUCAGAAUUCAAUGCAAACCUAAAGGUUGAUCAAAUGGCAACCAGUCAGAAGUACGUUUUCCAACUGAAUGGCAACCUUGACACAAAUGUGCUUGGUAUGAAUGCUUCAUAUGCUGGUGUACUGCCUCAGUCUUUCGGUGCCCACAACAUCAUAGUUGACAUUCAGCAUCCAUUCUCCAACAAUGUUAUUCCUAGUGAGUUCAAAACAACAGGAAACAUGGAAUUUUCAACUGCUGGUUUGUACCAUAGUGACUGGCGAAUUACAUCGCAAAGAAGAGAACUGGUUGUUUUGAAGAAGGUCUUCACCCCGUUGGAAAAUGGUUAUGAUCUUGUGUUCUUGUGGAAACAAAGUCUUGUCACAACACCUGCAAGAUACAUUUCCUUGACAAGUGAUGGCUCAUCAUCAGCUACUGGUCUGCAAAGCAAAGCAACUCUUGGUAUUGAUAACUUACCACCCAUGACUGGAGGUCUACAAUACAACAUAGAAAGUGACGACACAUUCACCAACAAAUCUGUGGCUGUUUCAGUUACUACAGGACCUCUUUCAAAGUGGCUUGUAUUGCGAACUCUCUCAGUUGCAACUUGGUACAAGACUGAGUCAAACUCACGCCAGACUGCACCAUCAUUCGGACUCACUGUCAUUCCCGAUGGACAAAAGUGGGUGCUCAAUGGAGGUUACGAAAGCUCAUCUGGUCGUCGAUCCAAUAAACUUGAAACUUCAGUUACUUUCAAUCAUCCAAUGCAACUUAGACUGUUUAAUACCCCUGUACCACAAGAAAACACUGGCAGUAUUGCUCUGCUGAAGAGAGGCAAGGGAUCUAGCUUUGUUACCAAGUAUCAGAAUGAAAUGAUGGACGAAGAGAUGAAAAUGACCACCAGAUACAGAGUAGGAACUGCUGAUAGCUUGUUCCAAGGUAACACCGCUGUCGUAUUAGGAGAUGCUUCAGUCUUCAGCAGUUCAUUGGAUAUUGGCGAGGAUGAAGCAAACUCUGGCUACAACAUCAAUCUGAGGAUAUCUCACCCUGCAAGUACUUUGGAUGGUAACUUGGUACUCAACACAUUCAACUCUAACGAACGUAUUGGAUUCUCAGCCAUUACUAAGGACUAUAGUGAAGGUGUGAGGACAUGGGAGCACAGGUUCUCAUACAUCAAGCCAACCAACACCAUUGAGUAUUACCAGAAUGGUCCAGAUAUGCAAGAGCCAAUCACUAUCACAGGCGACCUCACUCAAGUCAUGAGGCAAGUCAAACAAAUCAUGAGAAACCUCGCUGCAGAUGCAACUCAUACAAGACUGCAAUUUGUGAAGGGAAUGACUGAAACUGACAAUGGUUACGAUAUGUACAUCGGGUAUGACAUAGUGGAUGAUGCAACUUACACUCUCCACCUUGUUGCUGGUGCUGAAGCAGAAAACAUGUUCGUAAAGUUGGAAACAAGAAAGAAUUCCGAGUUGGAUACCCCAAUUGCCCGCGCCGAUAUUAACUUGGCUAACGAACAACUAAUUCAAGUAAGACUGAGUGCCAACCCAGUGAUCACCAAUUUCUUGUCGAAGAUCAUUUCUGCGAGUGACGUGGAAUUCGCACGCAAGCUUAACUGGUUCACAGCCAACGUUGUCCAAGCAUUAGAAGCCGUGAAGACCAUCAUCACAGGCAACAACAAUAUGGAAAGUGUCGUGAAUGCUUAUAUUGAUGGACUUAUCACCAAGGUUGAAGCAGCUAGAGAUGCAGCAAUCCAAUUUGUCAGUUCUCUGUCAACCAGGACAACCAGCACUCUAGGAACAUCCGAGCUUGUACUUGAACAGUUGGUAAGAUCAGGCAUCACAAACCUCUUGACAAGCAUCACCUCACUUAAGGAUCAAGUCAUGCAGCCAUUCGAACAGCUUACCCAGCAAUACUAUGGUCAGAUCUUGGAAACAGCCAACGCAAAACUGCUCCGUACACUUGAACCAGUUACAGCAGCACUCCGAAAGAUUCACGCUGGAGAACUUUUCAUCGAGCUUGUCCAAGAUGCAGUCGCAAAAACAUCAGUCUUCAUGAUGACCAACGGUGAAGCCGCUUUUGCAGCAUCACGUAUUCCUCUUGAAAACUUGUUUGUCGUCACAAACUCAGAAAUUAUUUUCAACAUCCCACUUCGAUUCGAGCUUGAUCAUUUCACACCAUUGCCAACAUUGGGUGACAUCAAGACCUGGCUUGCUCAGAGUGCAUUCUCCAUUCAAAUUGAUGAUACCGUCAAAAUGCUUUACUCAUAUGUUGAUGAUUACUAUCGUGCCAGAGCUGUGAUGUUCAUGCCAAGAGAUGAAAUGUUACCACCAUUCAAGGGCCACUCAUUUGUGUCUGGAUUCAAGCACUUCAGCACCUUUGACAAGAAGCACUAUGACUUCUCCAGCGCAUGUGCUACCACACAUAUCCUUGCUUCGGACCACAGAGAUGGAAACUUCACGAUCUCGCUCACAUACGCUGACCCAGCUCUUGAAUCAUCAAUGAAUGCUCUUGAGAUCAUUGUUGAAAACAGACGAGUAACAAUCUUCACUGACUACAGUGUUCGUGUAGGAGGGCGAACCAAGAACCUUCCAUUGGCUGUUGGCAAGAUGGCUGUGACCCUUGAGGGUCGCACUGUUCAUGUUCGGCACACAGAUGGAGGAAUGGACGUUGCUUGCGACUUUACAACUGAACUCUGCACAGUUGACGUGUCACCUUAUUACUUCGGUGCUACUGCUGGUCUUGCUGGAACUUUCAACAACGAACCAAUGGACGACUUCACUUCACCUUCCCAUGUCAUCAUGGAUUCACCAAACCAACUUGCUACUGCUUGGGAGGCAUCUGGCACAACAUGCCCAGGAAAUGUUGCUGCACCUGUAGCACCAGAAUGUACAAGCACCACAAGACAAGCAAUCUGUUCAGCGAUCUUUGAAAGCAAGAAUUCUGUCCACCGUGGAUGUUUCCCAUUAGUUGACCCAGCUCCAUUCAUGACAAUGUGUAUGUCGGACAUGUGUAAUGAAGAUGAUCAGACAAAGAGCUGUGCUGCAUCUGCUGCCUACGCUUACAGAUGUGGUUUACUGGGUGCUUCAUUCGGGCAACCAGAUCACUGCAUUAUGUGUUCGGCUACCAACGGAGACCAAUUUAAUGCUGGAUCACGAAGCGUGGAAACUGAGGUCAAUGGAAUUGAUCUUGUUAUGGUUGUGGAAGAAGGACGAUGCAUGGGACGCUCUGGUAUCUCCAAGGCAAUGAAGAAGAUGUUCAAGAAAUUGUUGGCUGGUUUGUCUGAAACCCGUAUGCGCAACACUCAAUACACUCUGGUAGGAUAUGGUGGCACAGGAGCAAACAUGGCACCGCAUACAUACACCAUGCGUAACAGACUCGCAACCACCAACAGAAAGAACGACCUCGUGAAGGCAUUGCGCAAACUCUCACUCAGCGCAGAAGAGAGAGAAGUUGAUCCAUUAGCGGCGAUCUCUUACGCUUCACAACUUCCAUUCCGUGCCGGAGCUAAACCAGUCAUUGUCAUCUUGUCAUGUGACCAGUGCUCUUCUAACUCACAGGUAUCAUACAGCAACGUUGAGUGGCAAUUAAGACAGCAAGGUAUUACACUUCAUCAUGUCACUCAAAACACCAUUGUUGGAGCCAGAAAAUCGAUCUUUGGAUUUGAUUCUGAGAAUGCAUACAUGAGACACAACCGUCCCGAGAGCUUCUCCAUUGUUAAACCAAACAAACAUGAUGCUUGCGUACCAUUGGCUACUUCAACUGGCGGUUCUGUAUGGGAUGCAACAUUCUUGGCCAACCUUGACUUUGCAGCCAAAUUCGGAAAUUACAUUGGUACCAAGAACACACGUGUUACUCAAUCCUGCAAGUGCCAGCUUAAUGCUGCUGGUAUGGCUACGGCUGUCUGCACCUAAAGAUAAAGCAACACUAGUUACCUGGACAAGAGGAAUUUGUAAAUAGACACGAACUCUGUUAACGGCCUUGAACUUCUUUUUCAUUUAGCAAUAAUUCCCAAGUGUGGGCUAUAUAUUACCACAGUGUGCCGCAUAUAAUUGCCUAUAAUUUUUUUGUGUCGUGUCUCGUAUUUGUUACCACGUUUACACUUCGUUUUUAAUCUGUGAAAAACAGAUCUUUUUGUUACCAGUGAAUUACACUGUUUUCUGUAUGUCCUUGUUUAGUUUUUGUUCAAUUUUAAAAUAAUCGAAUGAAACAGAACACGUUUUGUCAUAACUCUGCUAUUUUUUGUGUUUAAUCAAUAGUCUACUCCAGCCAUUGCUGAAAAUAAAGAUGAUUUUACUGAAGUGCUACAUUUAGCAAAGCAAUACACGUGUACCAACAAAAUGUUUGUUCUUUUGUUCGUUUUUCGUACGUUUCAGGUUUCGUUCGUUUUGCUGUGCACCUUUUCAAUAAAACCAAAUGAAUAA